AUGUCUGCCUUCUUCGGGCUCACUUUUCUAGGCUCGCAAGGUUCCUUCGACCGAGUGAAAGAAACUCCGAUCCACAUCUUCCAAGGGCGUGACUUCCAAGACGCCUUCAUGCAGACCUAUCGACCCGGUUUCUCUCUAUAUUCCGAAAGUGACGAAGAUGUCCAAGCCGCGAACGCUGAGCUGGAUUCGGCCACCAUCACACUCGCGCAGUUGCCAGACGUGCUACGGCAUCUCUACAAAUGCCCGAAAGGUGCCGAUAACGUGCCAGCCAGCGCUAGAACACUCGUGGAGCAAGCUUUUCGUCUACUAAACGGCACCGACACCUCUCAGUCGAUUGACCUGGCCACGUUCCUGGUUCAAAUGGACGAAGUCUGUCGCCACUCGCAGUCCUUAGAGGCCGCCUCCUCCCACAACGCGUACCUAAAAGACGGCCUUCCUACACGCGAGUUCGUGUCCAACCUCGACUUCCAAGCGAAACUGGUCAAGCACCAACGUAUGGAGAAGGACCCGCGCGAGAAGGCUCUCGCACCUGUGACAGACUCCAUUACGUUCGGCUGGAACGAGCCUACCAUUGCCACUAAGCGGAUGCCGAACAAAAGUUGCGACGAGACACGCUUUGCUAGCGCCAUGGUCAAGGCCGGUGUCUACUACUACUAA